GGCGUUUAUCAAAUGCAAGAUAAACGUGUUUAAUACCAGUGAAUGCCUUUGGUUAGUUUUGUAUUAUAGUUUGUCAAUUUUAUCUGCGUGUACCAUAAUAUUACUUAGUAACUUAUAGUUGUAGUUUCAUACAGUAUAUCGAGUGCACCCAACACACAAAAAUUAUAGUAAAUCGAAUGCGCCCAAUUAAAUUCUACCCAGAAAUCCACUAGAAUUUAACUUCCUUUUUCUGGAUAUCGCCAUUGUGUCUGCACAAUAUUUUUAAAUCUGUGAUCAUCUGUGGCCAUCGAAGCUCUCAGCUAAAGGAUAGGACGGUAAUUAGUUCCAAAAUAAUUGUGUGUGAAAUUGGAGAGGGAAUAUACCCCAUUAAUUGUCAUAUGCAUUGAUUAGAGUAUCCGUCCUGUUUCAAAUAACAUGCCACCGAAACCACGCCGCCAAACAUCGGCGAGGGCUGUGGGGGUUAGGCCAAGAAAACGUAAGGCGUCCCCAUCGAUGGAUAGGCCCGAGGUAGCUGAGAACAGAACGACGAAUGCCACACAUGGAGUUAGUACAGUAGGAGAGACUGGAAGUUCUGAGGUCCAUGAGGGUGGUGCAGGCAUGAGCGGCGAUACGGUGGGCCAGAUUUCGUCGAGCAGCACCAGCGGCAGCACUUUUUCCCACCCCAAUACCUGCCCAUCUAUGGGAGAUAUAAAAUCAGAAGCUAAUAGAUUGUUAAAAAAUGCAAUGGCUGUUAAUACAUGGAAAACGUACAGCGCUGCUAUGCAGUGUUUCCAAACAUUCAGGUCCUCAUAUAAUUUAGCUGGUGUAUGGCCUGUCCCUCCAGACCAGUUAAUACAUUUUAUAUCUUUUAUGUCAUUGAAGGGGUAUUCUGCUUCUACAAUUUCCACAUAUAUCAGUGGAAUAGCCCAUGAACACAAAAUACAAGGUUAUCGGGAUUAUACACAUUUUUUUAUUGUUAAAAAAAUUCUAGAGGGGGCCCAGCGUUGUAACAAGCGUAUAGAUGGGCGUCUCCCUAUUACUCUACCCCUGCUUCGGCAACUAGUUAUCUCCCUUUCAUCAGUAUGUAGUUCUAAAUUUGAGUCAGAUUUAUUCACUGCAGCAUUUACUUUAGCAUUUUUUGGUUUUUUGAGGGUGGGUGAAUUUUCAGCUUCGCGUAGUAAUGGGCAUGAAACACGUCCUUUGACAGUGUCAGAUAUUACUAUAGUCGACUCUCCAUCCAGACAUUUAAAGGUAAGAAUCCGGGAGUCAAAGACCGACCAAAAGGGUCACUCGGUAUCAUUACAUAUUAACAACUACCAGCAAACUGAUAUUUGCCCUGUUACACUUAUGAACAGGUACUUGUCAAUCCGUCCACUAGCAUCAAAUCAACAACUAUUCAUACAUAGGAAUGGUUCCCCUGUAACGCGAUAUCAAGUAGCAGCCAUGUUAAAGAAAGCAUUAACAUUUGCUCGCAUCCCUGGGUCACAAUACAAGACUCACUCCUUUCGCAUAGGUGCUGCUACCGAGGCAGCAUCCCGAGGCAUAUCUGAAAAGAAAAUUCAAGCUUGGGGCCGAUGGAAAUCCAACGUCUAUUCAAAUUAUAUAAGAAUUCCUGUGGAAACAAUUUUCAGUUGAAAUAUAUGAAAUAUACCGUAUUUGUCCAGAAUAGAUACUCAUGCUGGCAAUAAUAAUCGCAUGUCAUCAGACAGGGAUAUGUGAAAUGCAAGUACAUGUACCCCUGUGAUUGAUAUUUUAAUUUUAAUUAAAUAUUUUGAUUUAAGUCUAACCAUUAUGUGUUAAUUAGGAGUGACCUUUAAACACUAUUGAAUCACUAAAAUUAAUUUUAAUUUCCAAUUUCUAAGACACUUUAAGAUGUUUGCAGGUCACCAACACACUAUAUGGGUCAUAGGAUCUUCAAUUCCAUUUUGGGGUAUGAAGGAGUCGGCCAAGAGACCAGGCGGUAUUAACCUUAACCUUGACCAAAAGGGCUUCUCCAUUUGUUGGAUGACACGUAGAGGCAUGACUUGGAAUGAAUUUGAUCCCCUCAUACAGAAAGAAUUAAGUAAACAUUCUCCCCCAGAGAUGAUCCUUGUUCAACUAGGAUCUAAUGAUGUUGUCAACAUUAAGGGAAAGGAAUUAAUAGAAACCAUAAAAUGUUCCUUUAUGAGGUUGUCAGCAUUAUCUCCCGGUACUACCAUAAUUUGGUCUGAAAUACUACCCCGGGGUUAUUGGCAUGGGGCAAAAUCAUACACUAGCAUGGAAAGGAAGCGAAAGCGCAUUAAUUUAGCUAUUAGACAAUAUUUAGGGCAGUCAGGGGGUAAAAUUUUGCGCCAUCCAACUAUCCAAACAGCAGAGUCUGCAUUAUAUCGCCCGGAUGGAACUCAUCUUUCCUCAAUAGGUAUUGGUAUUCUACUCAACAAUUACCAGGGAGCCCUAGAGUAUUUCAUAGCUGCUAAUUCAGGGUCCACUUUCCCAGUCCCAAGUCAGGUGUAAUCUUGCGAAAUAAGGAGGGGGUUGUGUACAUGUUCAGGGUUGGGGGUUGGGGCGGGGAUUAUAGAGGUCAAAAGUAGGGUAUGGAUAGAUUAGGGUUAUAGGCAGUAUGGAUGUGAGGGGAGGUAACCCCUCAUGUGGCGGAACCCAGGGGGAGACGGAGAGGGACAUGGGCUCAUCCGGCUAAAUACUCAUACCAGCUUUGCUCUACAGCAGGUUGUUGGUUAUUUGAUAUGAAAAAUGGGGAUUCUGACGGUACCGCAGGUCUCCCCUCCCUCCGUGGUACCAUGGAGGGAGGUGUCCACUUUGUCAUGAGUCAUGAAUUUACCAAGGUGGGCUGGUGGUAAUAUUGGUUACAUGGGUUUAGUAAACGGAUGGGGGACUCAUUGUCCAGUUCGCCCUCAGAAAGUUUAACCUAGGGGAACAGGUCACUCGUGGUACCAUUGGUGACACUGGUAUGCUCGGUUCUAUAUGGCUACCAGUUCUCCUCCUGGGUUCUGAUCAUACUGCGGCCAUAUUUCUUCCACUUCAUUAUGUAGUUCAGUUGAAUAAAAUCAAAUUAAUAGUAUUUUUGUGGUUGGGUUUUAUGUGCAUGUAGUCUGUGUAUUAAUGGCGUUUAUCAAAUGCAAGAUAAACGUGUUUAAUACCAGUGAAUGCCUUUGGUUAGUUUUGUAUUAUAGUUUGUCAAUUUUAUCUGCGUGUACCAUAAUAAUACUUAGUAACUUAUAGUUGUAGUUUCAUACAGUAUAUCGAGUGCACCCAACACACAAAAAUUAUAGUAAACCGAAUGCGCCCAAUUAAAUUCUACCCAGAAAUCCACUAGAAUUUAACUUCCUUUUUCUGGAUAUCGCCAUUGUGUCUGCACAAUAUUUUUAAACCCUCCCUCCCUCCCUUUAAUUACAAUUGAACCUGUUAUGCUGCCAGAAUGUUUUGUAUUGUAGAGGACUUGAAUGUAUGGAAGCUCUGUCAUGUGCACAUUAUCUAGAGAGAGGAUCAGAAUCAAGCACGGAGUCGGGAUUCUUGGACAGGAACUAUAUAUUCCAGCACAUUAGCUAUAGACUGUCAUGGACCAAACUGGUAUUUAUAGUAUGUGCAUUAAUGUGUUCCAUUGUGACAAUCCCUGGCUGGACACGAGUAUGAGAUGUGAACUGUUAUAACAGCCGUCUGUGCCUUGAUUAGUGAAAUUGUGCAUAUUCGCGAUUGUAGUGUGAUAUCUUUGCGAUUGAAAUUUGAUAUUGUGAUAAUUAUGAACAUACUUUGACACUAGACUUCACCUGGUAGUCAACAUUAUGAUCAAUCGGUAACGACUCUAAAAUGUGAGACUGUGUUGUGUUAUAUUAAAUUCAAUUGAUCUGGACAUUGUCAUGCAAGCAUGUCAAAAAACUUGGAAUGAAGGAGAUUCCAUAUAAUUACACGUAGGUGUACUUUACAUGUACAUGUUUUGUUAAGACUCUUGAAAUAGUCUACAAAGUCAUGAUUUUUGGUUUAACUUGUAUGGGAAAUAUUGAUUCGGGAAUGACAAUUUUCAUUUAAAUUCAUAUAUAUAUAAGUUUUGAGACCAUUUUUAAUUUGUCGCAGUUUGCUCUUGAGGGGUGGGGGCGGAACCCAGGGGGAGACGGAGAGGGACAUGGGCUCAUCCGGCUAAAUACUCAUACCAGCUUUGCUCUACAGCAGGUUGUUGGUUAUUUGAUAUGAAAAAUGGGGAUUCUGACGGUACCGCAGGUCUCCCCUCCCUCCGUGGUACCAUGGAGGGAGGUGUCCACUUUGUCAUGAGUCAUGAAUUUACCAAGGUGGGCUGGUGGUAAUAUUGGUUACAUGGGUUUAGUAAACGGAUGGGGGACUCAUUGUCCAGUUCGCCCUCAGAAAGUUUAACCUAGGGGAACAGGUCACUCGUGGUACCAUUGGUGACACUGGUAUGCUCGGUUCUAUAUGGCUACCAGUUCUCCUCCUGGGUUCUGAUCAUACUGCGGCCAUAUUUCUUCCACUUCAUUAUGUAGUUCAGUUGAAUAAAAUCAAAUUAAUAGUA